UUGUUUAAAAUCUGAAAGUUUGUACUGAAGGAAACGUCUCCAAUUCUCUCCCUUCUUUGUCGAAGAAUAAGAAUGGGAGGAUUAGAGCGUUCUGCAUGUCUCUGGCAGUGAACUAGAAAGAGCUUGGAAGAGAAAAGAGUAAUUCUGUGAGAUUUUAUUAUGCCAGUUCCGCUUGCUCCAUAUCCGACACCUCCAGCGCCAUAUACACCACCUGCAAAUGGUGCACAGAGCCAUCUUGUGUGCUCUGGAUGUCUAAACCUUUUACUUUACCCUGUUGGAGCAAUGUCUGUUUGCUGUGCUGUUUGCCACGCAGUCACUGCUGUGCCACCUCCAGGCACAGAAAUGGCCCAGUUGGUUUGUGGCGGCUGUCACACCUUGCUCAUGUUCAUCCGUGGAGCAACAAGCGUCCAAUGCUCUUGCUGUCACACAGUCAAUCUAGCCAUGGAAGCAAACCAGGUGGCGCACGUCAAUUGUUGCAACUGCAGGAUGCUAUUGAUGUACCAAUAUGGAGCCCGAACCGUGAAAUGUGCAGUCUGCAAUUUUGUGACAUCAGUUGGGGCCUCAGCAAGCACGAGUGCUGAACAGAAGUUCAACAAUUAAAACAUCUAUACAUGAGCUACUAAGUUGUUGUUACAGAUUCUACAACCUGGUUUUUCAUAUCAUGAAACUGCCCAUCAGUGCAUCUUUCAGCAAGCCGAGGGUUUUUCUUUUCGUCAGUUGUACAGAGUUAUUUUAGCAUUAAUGCGUGAUGCUUUUGAUGAUGAAUAAAGUUGGAGUUAGAAGUAUGAAAACUAUUCUGUCAGAUGACUUUUGAGUGCAUGCUUUUGGAACUGUUCAGAUAAGAAGAAGUUCAUUUUCCUUUA